CAUUAUUAAUCUGUCACUUCGUUGGUGAACGGGUGAAUCACUUUUCUACAUUUCUUUACUUUAGUUUUGCAAUCAACAAAGUGAAGAGCUUCUGUCCACUUAGUCUACUAGUUUAACGUUUUAUUAUAGUGAAAAUGAGUUUCCUGCAGAAAAUGUUUGGUGCUGGGGGCAAAGAUAAAGGAAUGCCCACUACUGGCCAAGCCAUACAAAAGUUGAGAGAAACAGAGGAAAUGUUGAUAAAGAAGCAAGAAUUUCUUGAAAAAAAAAUUGAUCAAGAAUUGGAUAUUGCAAAAAAGAAUGGCACUAAAAACAAAAGAGUUGCUAUUCAGGCCUUGAAAAGGAAGAAGAGAUAUGAAAAACAACUGCAGCAGAUUGAUGGCACCAUUUCCACCAUUGAAAUGCAAAGAGAAGCUUUGGAAGGUGCGAAUACUAACACAGCUGUCCUUCAAACAAUGGGUGAUGCUGCUAAAGCGUUGAAAGCAGCCCAUCAACAUAUGGAUGUUGACAAAGUCCAUGACAUGAUGGAUGAUAUUGCCGAGCAACAAGAAGUAGCUAGAGAAAUCUCUGAAGCAAUUUCUAACCCAGUGGCUUUUGGCCAAGACAUUGAUGAGGAUGAACUGGAAAGAGAAUUGGAGGAAUUAGAACAAGAAGAGUUGGAUAAUGAACUGCUUAAUGUACCAGCUGCAGCAGCUCUACCAUCUGUUCCUACUGUGGAGCCCAUUGCCAAAGUUCCCAGUCGUUCCGUUCCUGCUCGUCCCUCUCGAGCUAAAGCAGAGGAAGAUGAUGACGAUAUGAAGGAACUAGCUGCAUGGGCUUCUUAAUUUUUUUUCAAGUUACAGCAAAUUCUGUUUUACUCUUUUUCUUAUACAAUAAUUGGGAUCUUGUAACUUCCUCCUUUUAAAUGGGAGUGUAAAUAAUAAAAACAAACAUACACUAAUUUCUAGUAAUUUUAAUGCAAGACCAUUUAUUGGGGAAAAAAGCGUGUAGACACGAAUAGUAAAAUCAUUGUUGCCUUCAAUCUGGUAUCUUCAGUGCAUCGCCAGUUUAAAUACUUAAAGCACGAUAACUCGUCAAACUAUUAAUGACAUAUUCUGAUGGAAGAACGGCCAGCAACGACUACAACUCCAUCAUCCUGCAAAUCUUUCAACGCAUCUUCGAACAUGUCUCUGGUGAUCAUCUGUAAAAGAGCCACAAACAAUUAUAAUUAUCCUUGAAAUACACGCAAGCUUAACUUA